UUUUCAGGACGACAAAUACUGUUUAUCAGUAUCAUGGUUGCUUUUAUCAUGGUUGUCAGAAUUGCUUCAGUGAUACGAAAUAUGACCGCAAAACCCCUGCUAAAAGUUGGAAGUCAUUCGAUGAUCGACUGAUUGCUACGAAAAACAUUGAAAGCUACAUUCGAGAACAAGGUCAUGAAUUGGUAACGAUUUGGGAAUGUUCCUGGAAAGAACUGUGUAGUAAGGAAAAGCCAGCCAACAAGUAUCAUUACCCUGGCGAAGAAAAAUUUCGAUUGACCGAAACUGAUAUAAUUUCGAUGAUUAAAAAAGGGUCACUGUUUGGAGCUGUUGAGGUUGACAUACAUGUACCAGAUCAUUUAAAAGCAAAGUUUUCUGAGAUGACUCCAAUAUUUAAAAACGUUGAGGUGUCGGUAGAAAACAUUGGUACUUUCAUGAACAGUUACCUCGAGGAGUCUGGUAAAAAGUUCUCACCGACAAAGUAUUUGAUUGGGUCUAUGUUCGGACAGAAGAUCCUCUUAAUCACCCCUCUGCUUCUUUGGUAUUUGGAGCAUGGUCUCGAGGUUACAAAGAUUCACCAAAUCAUUCAAUUCCGACCAAUAAAGUGCUUUGAGAAAUUCGCAAACCAAGUCUCUGAUGAUAGAAGAGCAGGUGAUAUCGACAGCAAAUCAGAUGCUAUGAUUGCUGAGACUUCCAAACUGCUAGGUAAUUCGGUUUUACGGUCAUUCGAUAAUGAAUAAGGCGAAGUUCACAAACGUUACAUUUUGUGACCUAGAAAGAGCAAGCAAAAUGGUUAAUGAUCCGUUUUUCCACAGUUUAGAUGAAUUCAGCGAUGAAACUUUCGAGGUUACGAGACUCAAGAAAUCUGUUAAGUAUGAUCUUCCUCUGCAAUUAGGAUAUUUUGUAUACCAGCAGGCAAAACUUAAGAUGUUGGAAUUCUACUUCGACGUGGUUGAUCGCUUUAUAGAAAGGAAAAACUUUUGCCUUCUCGAAAUGGACACUGAUAGUUUAUACCUUGCUCUAAGUGCGAAGACGUUGGAUGAGGUUAUUAAACCUGAUCUUUGGGAAGAAUGGAUAAAAGCAAAGAAAACUUGGUUCCCUAGAACUGACACUCUUGAAAAUAGGGCCUACGACAAAAGAACCCCAGGGUUGUUCAAAUUGGAAUGGCAAGGUGAUGGGUUCGUUGGUCUUAAUGCCAAAACGUAUUUCUGUUUUGACAACACAGACCAAACAAAAGACAAAUACAGCUCAAAAGGUAUCAGCAAAGCGUUUGCGUUGUCCAAAGAAGAUUAUCUUGAAGUUCUUCGUACAAAGACCACUGGCGAUCAGGAAAACAAAGGAUUUGUUUACAAGAACAGUAAAAUGUACUCCUAUAUCCUGAGGAAGCAGGGUCUUACUUAUGUGUACUGUAAACGGAAACUACUAGAUGAUGGAAUGAGUACAACCUAUUUGGAUGUCUAAACAAUAUACUGGUUGCCGUGAAAGAACUUAUUAGCACUGUUAGAAUUAUUAUUAUUAGAAGUAUUCCUUCAGUAUUUAGUAUACUACCUGAUGGAGAUCUGAUAUAAUUUAAGAAAGCAGAAAAUAUCUAGACCAGUCUUGUCAAGAGUUUAAAUUGCUGUCAAAUACGUUACACAGAUGUUACUGUAACUGUGUUGUACAAGGUUCAUGGU